UAAUUGGUCUUUUUCUUGCAAAUGCAUGUCCUAUUCAAAAGAUAAAGAAAUGAGAGAUGUGAACCUUUUAAUUCACUUUCCUUCUAAAGUGGCUUUGUGAUUACAUUAUAACAUCUGUGUCAGGAAGUCCCUGGAGGAAAAGGGGAAUAAUUUGAAUACAUGGUCAAUGAAAUAUAUGUUGAAUAUGUGAGCACCAUGCUUUCUUUUAUCCACAUGUACGGGAUGUUUUAGAAUGCAGUGACAUAUGAGGAUGUGCAUGUAAACUUCACUCAGGAAGAAUGGGCUUUGCUGGAUCCUUCCCAGAAGAAUUUCUACAAAGAAGUGAUGCUGGAGACCUACAGCAACCUCACUGCUAUAGGCUAUUAUUGGGAAGACUACAGUUAUGAAAAGAAUUCUCAAAAUUCUAGAAGACAUGGAAGGCAUCUUCAAAGAGAAGAAAGAAUUCACACUGGAGAGAAAACCUAUAAACCUGUGCAAUGUAAUGAAGUGUUUUUAAGUCACAGUCAUCCUCAGAUACAUAAAAGAAUGCUUACUGGAGACUUUGUAUGUGAUAGUGGCCUUCAAAUGCAUAGAAGAGCACACACAGGGGAGAAACCCUGUGAUUUUACCACAUGUGGUAAAGCCUUUGCAUGCCACAGCCAUCUGCAAAGCCCUAAAAGAACACAUACUGGAGAAAAGCCCUAUUCAUGUCAACAAUGUGGUAAAGCCUUUUCAUGGUACAGUAGUCUUCAUCGGCAUAAAAGAACACAUACUGGAGAGAAGCCCUAUGAAUGUAAACUAUGUGGUAAAGCCUUUGCACAGAACUUUAAUCUUCAGAUUCAUGAAAGAACACAUACUGGAGAGAAGCCCUAUGAGUGUAAACAAUGUGGUAAAGCCUUUGCACAGAACAGUCAACUUCAGAGUCAUAAAAGAACACAUACUGGAGAGAAGCCCUAUGUAUGUAAACAAUGUGGUAAAGCCUUUGCACAUAACAGUCAUCUUCAAAGUCAUAAAAGAACACAUACCCUAUGAGUGUAAGCAGUAUGGUAAAGCCUUUGCUCGUCACAGCCAUCUUCAAAGCCAUAAAAGAUCAUAUACUGGAGAGAAGCCCUGUGAAAGUAAACCAUGUGGUAGAGCCUUUGCACAGAACAUUUAUCUUCAUCGGCAUAAAAGAACACAUAAAAGAGAAAAGCUCUAUGAAUGUAACCAAUGUGGUAAAGUCUUUGCCCACAACAGUAGUCUUAAAGACAUGAUAAAAUGCAUACUGAAGCUGGGCAGUGGUGGCAUACACCUUUAAUCCCAGCACUUGGGAGGCAGAGUCAGGCAGGUUUCUGAGUUUGAUUCCAGCCUGGUCUACAGAGUGAGUU